AUGCUACGAGAACAGCUCGAAGAACUCCAACGUACAAAAAGAACACUUUUACAUACAAAAAACGCACUCAUAAGAUUUGUACUGGACGAAGAUGUUGACUCUCUCACACUUUUCAACAAUCUUCCCUUCCCUACUUCUUUCACUACUCAAAAGUCCCUAUCCUUUGACAGACAUACGCUUUCGGAAAAGGAGGAGAAGCGGUUUAACUCGCGAUUCGCACCUUUCUUAAGAAAUUUAAUUUCCAAGAGCAAGCAUCCUGGCAUUGACAUUCUUCUUGAGUAUCUUAUGAGGAUUUAUUGUAUAGACACAUUUAACCCCCAAGAACUGACAUUCUUACUUUUACCAUUCAAGAAAUACUUUAAUCAGCUUCAAAUCAUAGCUAAGAACACCAAGAAUCAGUUUUCAAGUCUCAAAUCAUAUUCAAUUUCCAGUAUUUCAAGGAUAAUCGUCAAAGAUAAAAGGCUAAUGCUAGACUUUGUGAAGUAUUUUAACGCCUAUGAAGUAUUAAAAGAGUUUUUGGACAAGACAAUGGACGAAAUCAUUGACAUUUUAAAAGCAUCUGAUAUGGACUAUUUAAGUGAGAUUUAUAAAAUUAUGGAACUAUUAAUUCAGCACGGCAAUCCAUUGAAAGCUUUACAGAUAUACCACAGAAUGAGAUCGUACUUGAAUACAGAUGACUUCAUCCUUCUUCUACUGCCCUAUUUCCCAAAAGAUUUGAUAGAAAUGAAAGAUCAUAAAGAAAGUGGCAACAAAUAUCAGAUGAUUUUCAACAACAAAGGUGGAAGAAGCCUUCUCAAAAAUCAAAUUGAAAUUUAUAGAUACUUGGAAUAUCUUCUGAGCUGUGGAUUAAUACCUGACGAAUUUAAUGAUAGCGAAUACAAAACUUUGCAGCACAUAUUUUUUGGGAAACCAGUUGAUCAGAUUGUUGAAGGCAUUCAUUCCAACAAAGUGGCAGAUAAUCUAAUUGAGUUAUUUAAAGAAAUUGAGCCAAAGGACGAAUUACUAAGUUUUAUUGUACGAAAUAACAUACAAAGGUAUUUUGCGGAACACCUCAGCGAUAAAGACAAAGUAUAUUUGAUCAGAGAAGCUUUUGACGUCAAUUAUUUGACACCAAACAACUAUAAUCUAUGCAUCAUGAAUCUGAACAAGGAUGUGUUUAAAUCAAAAUAUAAUCAAAUACUAAACAGAUGUCUCCAUUUCCGAACAUUCAACCCUGUGUAUUUUAGCAAAUUAAUUGACUUUGACUUUAAUGAAAUUUUCAGCUGCCACUCUCCUCAAGCAAGUACUUACAAGCAGAAUGUAAUCAAAUUAUUGGAGAGGAAAAACAUUAAUCUGUCAGAUACUUUUUUUAACAAUAAUCUCCUCGGAGAUUCCUCUGUUUUGUCCUAUCUUCUAGAAAAUGGCCAAUCCUUUUCAGAAGAGCAAUUAUUUGCUAUAAUCGAAAACACUAAGAUCCUUAAAUCGCCUUCCAUUGUUGCAAAGUUGCUUUACUACAUCCUCAGAAACUUUGAAAAAUUAUCCUCGCGAUUCAACUUUAACGAUUUUGUCUCGUGGCUAAUCAACAACGAUUUUUUAUCCACUUUAAUCUCAAUCAUUAAUGUAUGUACUGAAAAUCACUUCAGUAACAUUGACACUGACGUGCUCUACAUGCUAUUUUUAGAAAGUGCAAUGUCUAGUUCUGGAGAUACAUUAAUCAGUAUCCUGAAAAUUCUAAGUCAAAGAGGAUUUAAUGUAGUUGGUAGGCUCUACGACUCAAAAAACUAUGAAAUCAUCUUAAAGAUUGCAAACCUAACUGAGUUGUCAAAUGUUUUAACUUCACAUGUAAAUACUCCUGAUUUUAUCAAAAAUUACUACGGUAGAAUAUCAGAUCAGCAUGCUUUAGUGGCGUUUGUAAUCAGUAAUAGUCAACAUCGAAACUAUCUGUUCCUACUUGCUUACUUUAUUGAUAUUUUGAUUACUUUUAGAACCCAUCAUUCAUGGAAUGUUGUUAAGCUUGUUCUUAUUGAAUGUCUAUCAGAGAAGCGUCAACUUCAGAAAGCUCUUGAGUAUGUUCUUUCACAUUUUGAUUUAUUUGAUGAUUCUGACGGUGAUCUUUUUCAAAAGAUUUUUUCAGGGGAUGUAGUUUUCGAUAUUAAACGUAUCGAGACUAUUUUGUGUCACGAAUCGGCGGCAGCUACCUUGAUUCAUUCUUGCCUUCUACUAAGUAAAGAUGCUGAGAUGCUUCCGAUCUUGCCUCAUAUUGUGCCAUUACUGAUUAAAUACAAGAAAGACACUGUUAUUCAGUUAUUCAAAAGAUACGGGAAUGUUAUGGUAACGUACAUUAAAGAUAUCCUACAACAUUACCCUGAAAUUAGCCACAUUUUAUUAGAUCUUGAGCCUAAAUUUGUACUAAAAGAGCUAUGCAGUUCUCUUACCAUUCAGAACAUUGAUAUUCUUCUCAAGAUUCUCAAAACCAAAACAUGCUGUAGUAGUGAUGUGUUUAAACGACUUUGUGCAUGUUUUAACAAGCAUGUUGGAUCGUUAAUUACUUCUGAACAUAUUUUAGCAUUGAUAAGGUUUUUCAAAAAUUCACGUAGUAGUGACUAUAUGGCUGGAAGCAUGCUCAAGGAAGUAGAAAGCGCUCUUUCUGAUUUUCUGGUAAAUGUUUAUAUUGCCAAUUCAACGAUAUUUUAUGAAACAAUGCUUGAUGGAGUGGGUAUGUCUUCAUCGCUAUUUGCUGAUUCAGCGAAUUUGACUUUGCAAAACAUAUCUGGCGAAGUUUUCGAAACAAAUAAGAACAUUUCAAACGAUCUGAAAUUCCUGUGCCAUUUUUUAGAAUAUAACCAUAUCACAACUGAAAAUACAAUGGCGCUUUAUGAGCAGGUUUUUAAUGCCAGGAAUUGUCUAUCUCCAAGGUUAAUCUCGUAUCUUAUCAGGGAUGACAGUCAGGUACUUGGGGAGUGUAUCGGCCAUCUUCUUUCACAUAUCAACAAUGAUUUAGACACAAUAUACAUUUUAGAAAUACUCUCCCACAUUUUCAGCAAUGUCCCUGAGAGUAAAGAAUUCAAAAAUAAGAUACUUCCUUGCAUUUUUGUGUUGAGUGAAGAUGAAAACAGGCUAGUCUCUGAAAAAGCAAGACAGAUCAUAGAGACACUGCAGUAA